UAAGCAUGAAUCAUUUGUUAAGGAGCCAUAACCUUAGAGUAAUUUGUUAAAAGAGACACCACAAAGCUUAUGCCCAGUCCACCCUCUUUUAAAACAGAGACAAUACAGAAACUCUGCAGUAACUUGGCAGGAAUAAAUAUUCCAUCUUGUUUUGGAAACAGAUGAAGGGUGUUACAGAUGGAAACUGAGUUGGAGGUAGAAUUCUUGUAGCUCAGGAGUCCUAGAGGGAGAGAAUGACAGAAAGUGAAUGAAAUUUAAAGUGACGAGUAGCUGUCAGUAUGUUGGUCUUGCAUGUCUCAACCAGUGUACAUCUGAUAAAAAGUCAACCCAGUGUUCCAAAAUAAAAAAAAAUAAAGCAUAGACAGGGAGGUGUGAGUGUGCAUCUCCAGGAGCACUGGACAAAGAAGUGUUCUAAAUAUGUGUUGAAUAAGCACUCGCUCGACAGCCUCGAAGAUAUAUGUUGUGGUCAACUUUCUGUGCAGUUUCCACCCACUGUAUGCGUGCUUGUGUCAGUAGUGCACUGUGCUGUGUGGACUUCAACAACACCAAACUGAAGUAGUUCUCGGGUAAUCGACAUCCUGCUCCUUAUUAGCUCACAGAUGCUGCAAUAGUCACACACACACACUCAUAAGCACACAGCUGAGCGCUGCUCCUGGUCCUCUACUGAUAAACUUUUUCACAUGCACUUAUUGCUCUAUCAGUCCCACCACAGAUAAGCCUUCUGCUUCAUGCCUGCUUUUAAUGUUCCACAGAGGAGCAAGAAAUAGGGAAGCAGAGAAAGGGGGAGGGAGUGAUUGCAUAGUUAUUAGCAGGUUUAUUUUCUAAGACAUUAACUUCUUUUAUUAACUGUUAUUCUUUAACCAAUUCAAGCACACAUGCACAACUUUACAUGUGGUUGACUGUACAAAGAAAACUCGUCAUGCUUGGAGAUGAGUUGUGUGUUUUAAUACACACUUUACGCAAAGUGUUCUUAAAGCCUGCACUCUACUUUUGCAGAACAUUCAAAGCUUCAGCAGGUGGGAGGGCUUAUGGAUACUCACACCUCCUCCCCCUUUGCAAUCCUUUCCUCCAGCCAAUCAGGGCUUCAGCCACUACAGCUGACCCCCCUUCUGGUGAGCCAAUCAGUUGGAAGCAUCCCCCCCCCCCUUCCUCUCCCCUGUAUGCCUUCACUGCUGAGUGAGCAAAGCAUGCCUCACUCUAUCAGCUGAGAGGAAACCAACAGAAAGAAAAGCGCACACACACACAACAGAGAGGAUAGGAUGGCUAGAAAGCUUAAAAGGAGGGGCCUGAAAGUACAUAGAGGAAGAGGAGAAGUGGGAGGUGAGAAGGGUCUGUAGCAUGCCAGAUCGCUUUUGUAUUCAAGAUACUUUGGAGGUGUGCGAAUGAGAGGAAAAAAACGGGAAAAGGGAGGACUCCGAAGAGAAAAGGCAAGGGAGGGAACCAGUGAGAAAACAGGGCUGCAAGUUUGUUGAUGGGUUUUUCAUUUGUGUAUGUGUGACUGAGAGUGGAGAGAGGUAGACGGAAAGAAAACAGGAUACAUAGGCAGAGGGAUAAUUAGUGCAUGCAGAAAAACUACUUGUCUUUCUUGCGACAUUACCUAUUUAGACGGAAGGAAGCAAAGACCAAUGAGAAGCCAGGGAGUUAAGACCAAUAAGGCACCCUAAUCUAGUAGAAACAGAAAUACACAAGAGGACACAGAGAAGAGACAACAGAGUCACCCCUCAAGAACACCUGAUGAAAUAGAGGAAGGAAGGGGAAAGACCGAGUGAGACAGCAAGAUAAUCUUUCUGCAAGGGUUCUCUGACCUGAACUGCCACCAUAUCCAGAAACCUGAGACAUUUUUGGGGUGAAGCCAGACCUUUCCCUCCCGUUGGUUACUGGAUUAAGCCUGAGAAGGGCUGGGCAGCAUCUGCCAGACUCCUGCUCCUUCAAAAUAAGAUACUGGGUGGAAUGACCCUGUCAUGAUGCCUCAGCCAUGCCACAUCUCACGCCUAGGUGACCAAGGAGGGUGUGUCUGGCUUUCAGCCAAUCACAGAGGGAAGCCCAUUAGAAUUAGUAACAACUUUGAGAUAUUUCUCCUCAAGAGCCUGCUACAUCACUGACACUCUCCACCACUGGUCUUGGCUCCUGUGCCUACCUCCUUCACUCCGGUUUGUUCUUGACUCCUUGGUGUUUCCUGUUCACAUGUUCUGGGAUACUGGCUUCAUUUUUUUGAGAGCUGCCAUGGAGUUAGAUGGGUUCCUUUAGUAUGCUGUUAGAUACAGCUUUCCGAUGUUGUGCCAGAUACAGCUUGUCCACACAGGGAGAAUUGGACAAGGACGGGCACAGAGAUGAGCUGUUGUUCUCAGGAGCUUUGUGGCCAAGUGUCCUGUGUUUGACAUCACUGCAAGAAGUGUAGGACUUACCCCUCCUGUGGAUCAUCUUGCUCUUGCACUUGUGAGGAUCUACUUGACCUUGUUGCACAAAACUUAGUUUAGACUCUUAUCCUUCAGCCGUCAAAAGAUGCGGCACAUUCACGUUGAGUUAGCCCACAAAAAGGCUCCACUAGAACUUCCGGCACAGGAGGGGGACCUGCCUCCCUCUUCACAGGGCUUAGACCCUGGUGUCAGACCAGGGGCACCCAGGCACCUUGACCAGGAGGAGUUGAGACUCCAAAAGGUCUACCAGCUCUCUAUUUUCUCUCAGUUGGGAGGAUUUACCACCGCCACAGAAUCCCACACUGAUGCCCAGCAGAGGCCUAUUCGAUCAGGUGUGAAAAGGGGGUUAGAGGAGCCUCAGUUAACUCAUAAGCGCCCCCACCUGGGGGACUCUCCAGACAGGGAGGGGCUUGAAGGAGGGAUGCUGUGUGGGCCAGUCACAGCUCAAGGUGCAGGAAUGGGGUUAGCUGGUGGGCCUAGUGGAUCUGGUUCUCUGUACUCUUGCAUGCAGAUGGAGCACAAAGACCCAGAGGAGGGAUUGUUACCCAGGUCUCCACCCCUUUCCCCUACCCACAAUCCUUCCCGACGCCCAGCUCAGUACAAUCAAGAUAGGCCAUUUCCUGACGUAUUUGCUCCACUCUCACCUAAAUCAGCCCCAAUGUGUGACCAGGGUCAUUCCCUUGGAAGCUCAACUAGGACAGAGAUACCUAAUGGGAGCCGCACACCGACCCACUCACUAGGUAGCCCUGGAAAUGACAGCUGUAGUAACGGGUCAUCUGGAGGCCAGCCCAGCCCCCACAUGUAUGAAAUGUCCACAUAUGAAACUCCUAACCCAGCCAGCCCAACCAGUCCCCCAGGUCCUUUUUCCCCACCACACCAUACAGAGAUGCAGGAACCAGGGGAGGCAACAGAAUGGGAAGUUGGACUUGAAUCCUCCCCACCUGAGCGAAGUGCCACCCAGGCUGCCACCUCCUCUAACGGCCUGGCUUCCUGUGAGAAAACUCCUAGCACUAAUGGCCACCGUCUCUUUUCUGGAGGCCACUGGCCUGCCAAAAAGAGGUUGCUGUCUCCAAGUGAUACAGGGGAGUCGUGUUCAGAAGAUGAGGGACCCUCCACAUCUAAGAGAAGCAGGCUGUCAUUGCUCGCUCCAGGACUGGGGCCCGCUUCAUGUCGUAGCACUGAUGCUAAAGCUGCCCCUUACUGGAACCACCUGCUGCCCUCUGUUUGGGACCGGCCUAAGACCUCCACAGACUGCACAAGAUCAGGAAGACGACUAAAGAAUGGACUGCGGUUAAAAAGUCGGCAGCUGCGCAGCAGCAGUCACACAGACACCGGCCGUUCCACACGUUCCAGUGGGCCUACAUCGUCCAUCAGCAGAUCCCUGCUCGGCAACUUUGAGGAGUCCAUACUGAAGGGGCGAUUCUCCCCCUCAGGCCGAAUUGAAGGCUUCACAGCAGAGAUCGGUGCCAGCGGCUCCUACUGCCCACAGCACGUCACCCUGCCUGUGCAGGUUACAUACUAUGACAUCUCGGAGCACAGCGCACCCUCACCCUUCCUGGGGGUAAUAUCCCUCGAACCUCUUGGAAAGAAAGGAUACAGCAUACCCAAAGCAGGGACCAUUCAAGUGACCUUAUUUAAUCCCAACAAAACUGUGGUGAAGAUGUUCCUGGUGACCUACAACUUUAAUGACAUGCCUGUUAAUCAUAUGACGUUCCUGCGACACCGCAUCUUCUUGGUGCCAGUAGAGGAGGGAGCUGAGGGAAAAGGCGAGGCGUCUCCAGGAAGUGGAAUGCUAGAUAGGAAGAAGAUUCUCUGCUACCUUAUACAUCUCAGAUUCCAGAGCUCCAAAUCUGGAAAGAUAUACUUGCACAACGAUAUCCGGCUGCUAUUCUCCCGCAAAUCCAUCGAAGUGGACACGGGGAUCCCAUAUGAGCUGAAAUCUUUCACCGAGGUGCCAAGAAACCCCAAAUACUCCCCCCGUGUGUGAUCCCAGCUUGACCUUUUGACGUUCCGUAAUGCCAACGCAGUCCCUCGUGUGCUUCCUAAAGAGGAGAGGGGAAAGUGACUUCUAGAAUAUUGGAUAUAAAAUUUUGAAAAGACUCAUGAGAAAUACCAGAAGCACAGAAGACACAUGUGCACAUAUGUCAAAGUGUUGGUAUUUGGAAAAGACCUGCUUUUUAUGCAUUUAUUCUCCACUGAGAGCCCACAUGCAGAUCGAAAAUGUCACAGGAACAAGCAUGGGUUUCUUUGCACCUUCAGUUGCUGAAAAGAUGAAAUCUUGGUGUCAGGGCAGUCUAGCAUGGAUGGUAUUAAAAGCAGGACUUUUCCAGGACCUUAAUCUGUUUAAAAUAAAAAAGUUUUAAAAAAAAAGUUUAAAAAAAAUGCGCAAACACUGACGCAGACACACAAACACACACCAAAAUAGACUGACAACACUCAUGCCCGGGACAUGAUACAAGCAUAACAGCAGAAACGCUUCUGGUGGUGACUCUGAGUUCAGUGUUAACAUGCAUGCCUUGUGACUUAAACACCUGAAUUUUCCUCUAGUGCCGUAUCACACUGUCCUUCACUCUGCCUGCAGCUCCAACUGCCUCAUUGGACCAAUAAUUGUAACAGCCAUUUAAAAAAAAAGGAAGAAAAAAAAGCCGUAAACAACAGUCCCAUCCCCUGAUCGUGAGGGUUAUUUACCUUCUGAGGAGCAGAGAGGAGAUGAACAGAGACACAAACACUAGUGAAAGCAAGGGCUGAAAUUGAAUCGGCCACUUUGAUUGGAUGUCUCAUGUACAACACGACAUGACAACAACACGGCGACAUGAUCUGACCAAACUCAGGACAUUUGUUGAAGAAAGGAAUUCUCUUCUUUUUGUUUUGUUUUUGUCUAUCUGUCACGGUACAGACCACUGUGUAUACAUGCGAGUU